UUAAAUAUUAAAUAUUUUGCUUUGUUGUAUUGAAAAGUUUCCUAUAUAAUAAUGGCUCCUUCAACUGAUUGGGAUGAAAUUAAAAGAUUAGCUGCUGAUUUUCAAAAAGCUCAACUUAGCUCAACUUCUCAGAGGUUAUCAGAGAGGAAUUGUAUAGAAAUAGUGACAAAGCUACUUGAACUUAAAUUAAUAGAUGUCAUAUUCACCACAGAUGGCAAAGAGUACUUAACAUCACAGCAGUUGGUUAAAGAAAUUAAAGAUGAAUUGUAUGUCAGAGGUGGUAGAGUAAAUACUGUUGAGUUAGCCAGAGAGUUAAGUGUUGAUCUAAAUCAAAUUAACAAUAAUCUCCAUGAGAUAAUUAAAGGAAAAGAUGUACAACUCAUAUCUGGAUAUCUAAUAUCAGAUGAAUAUACUCAUAAAAUAGCAAGGGAAAUAAAUGAGAAGCUACAACUGCAAGGUCAAAUUUCAGUUGGCGAGUUGACAUUGCAGUAUGAUUUGCCCGCUGACUUUUUGCUACAUACUAUUUUGGAGAAGAACUUGGGUUCGUUAAUUAUAGGGAAGCAGGAUCCAUCUGAACCCAGGACUUUCUAUACUGAAGAAUAUAUUACAAGAACUAAAGCUAAGAUCAGGGGUGCAUUGAUGGGCUUACUGAAACCAACACAAAUCGGAAUAAUUAUAAGUCAUUGUUAUGUAGCUGAACGUCUUUUUAUGAACUUAUUUGAUCAACUGAAUGCUCCUGGUGUGUUGACCGGUCGACAUUCAGGAGCACUUUAUGUACCAUCGUGUUACACUAAGUCUCAAAAUGAAUGGGUUAUGAGCUUUUGGAAGCAAAAUAAUUACUUGGAAUAUGAUGCCUUGACUCGCUUGGGUAUAUCUGACCCUAAGAGCUAUGUUAAAAAGGUGAUACAUGAUGAUGAUAUGAUAUUUUUAAGCACUUGUUUGAUUGGUUCACAAAUUAAGUUACAAUUGGAGACGGCUUUGGAAGAAUGUAUUGCAUCUAAAAGCUAUUUGGAUGUCAUUAAUUUAUUGCCAUCAAUCCUAUCUGAUAAGGAUAUUGAAAAUGUGCUAGAUGUUUUGUUGAAAAAUAAUGCCAAAUCUACAACUGUGUUUGAUAAUACAGUUUUCAGCAACCAAUAUAUUGAGAACUUAAGACAAGCAUGCAUGCCUAUGACAAAUGCAAAGGCAGAAGCCAUUGUGAAAUCUGGUAAAUAUCAGCAGUUCUAUUUAGAGAAACAACUGGCCAAAACAGAACAAUUACAAAGUCAUGUAGAUCACAAAACGGAAAGACGUGAGGAACGUAGGCGCAAAGCAACCAGCGGUAAAGGAGGCGGUGGUACACAGGGCCGUGAAACAAAGACAAAGGCUGUGAAAAAGCAUGCUAGAUCGAAACAAACUGCGCAUGAUUCGGAUUCAGAAGAGGAAGUCACCAAAAAAGCACAAAUGCAACUUGAAAUUGUUCAUGUGGAUGAUGUGGAAUCUGUUAUUAAAGAUACUUUAGAUAAUGAGGGUCUGGAGGAUUUGGUAAUGCAAAUUGCAGAGUAUUUACAAGUGGGUUUAAACCAAACAGCACUCACAAUUGCUAAGGAUUUGGCCGAAAAGCUAUUACAGAGCGCAAAUCAAAACAAGAAACAAACACAUUCAUCAGCUCAAGACAGAAUAAAUGUCCUCAUAAACGAUAUGAAACUAUACGAAAAAGGUUUAAAACUCCUUCCAGCGGACCAACAAGCUGCUUACAUAAAAUAUUUAUUGAAAACAUUUGGGGCUGAUGUGCUUAGUGAGUUUUGUAAAUACGCAGCAAAUCAGUGUAAUAUAUCUGUUCAAGUUGAUACUUUAUCACCUGAACAAAGGAACAAAAUUCUUAACGAUUUGCCAGAGGAAUAUAUGAAACCAUUGCGUGCCUUGAACGCGGCACUCUCUGAACAAAACUUGGAUGUAUUCUAUCAAGCUGCCGAUGUGUGUCUCGCGGAAUGUGGUAUGAUCCUGAAGAAGGUUGAUAAGAAGAAGGAUAAAUUGAUUGUAUUAAAUCACCGUGAGAAACUUAUAUCUGAGUUGGAGAAUUGCGAUGAUCCAGCACUAGUUUUACACCUGGCUGCACUUGCGACUUUUACCAUAUUGAACCAAAACAUGCUCCAUGCAUCAGGCCGCCAAGUUCCUUCUAUAAUAGCAUUCUUGAAAGGACAGCUUAAGGAUGAGGAUUGUGCAAAACUACAACAAUAUCAAGAAUCUGUAACUAAGUUCUUAAUCGCACCUGAAGAAGAAAAGAGCUCUCUAGAAGAAAAACUUAAAGAAGAGUUGCCAGCCAUUAAAAAUCUAGUGAAGGAGGUUAAAAAUUACAAAUAAUUUCUUGUUUGUUAAAAUCUGUUAUAUGAGAUAUAUAUGUUAUUUUCCGAUAUUCUUGUUUCACUGAUUCUUAUACUUUAUGUUGUGUAUGUAACAUAUGUCGUUCUAUUGUUUAUGCGAAAAUCUAUUAUCAAUGUUUUACUUUUACCGACUGUGACUUAAUAAAAUCCCAACUUAACACUAUGUUGUGUUAGUAGAUUAAAAUAUAUAUUUUCAUAUAAGUAAUAAUUAAAAUGGUUA